AUGGAGGGCGUCCACAGUCUCCUGGCCCGGCCCAACUCCGCGCCGCUCGCCUUCUCCCAGCCGCCCCACCGCAGGCGCCACAGGCCACCACCGCCUGGCCCCUCCGCCUGCCGCGCCGCCAGCCGCUGGGCCGACCGCCUCUUCGCCGACUUCCACCUCCUCCCCGCCGCCACCGCCGCCGCCGACCCGCCGGCCGCGGCCCCCUCCUCGUCCCCGUUCGUCCCGCUCUUCCCCGACGCCGCCGACCGCGCCUUGCCUCUCCCGGUCGACUUCUACAAGAUUCUUGGCGCGGAGCCACAUUUCCUAUGCGAUGGCAUUCGGAGGGCGUUCGAGUCGUGGAUAGCCAAGCCACCUCAGUACGGCUACAGCACAGAAGCUCUCAUUGGGCGUCGCCAAAUGCUGCAGAUUGCCCAUGAUACUCUCACAAACCAGAGUUCCCGUACCGAGUACGAUCGUGCGCUUUCCGAGGACCGUGAUGCGGCACUCACCAUGGAUGUUGCCUGGGAUAAGGUUCCAGGUGUGCUAUGUGUGCUUCAGGAGGCUGGGGAGGCACAACUGGUGCUAGCAACUGGAGAGCAGUUGCUUCAGGACCGUCCACCUAAGCGGUUCAAGCAGGAUGUGGUGCUAGCAAUGGCAUUGGCUUAUGUGGACCUAUCAAGGGAUGCUAUGGCAGCAAGCCCUCCAGAUGUAAUCUGCUGUUGUGAGGUGCUCGAGAGGGCGCUCAAGCUCCUGCAGGAGGAUGGUGCAAGCAAUCUUGCACCUGAACUGCUUGAACAGAUUGAUGAAACUUUGGAGGAGAUUACACCUCGCUGUGUAUUGGAGCUUCUUGCUCUUCCUACUGAUGAAAAACAUAAAAUAAACGCCAAGAAGGUCUGCAAGGUGCAAGAAACAUAUUGUGGAGUGUUGGCCGAGGUGAUGGAUUUCUUCUCUAAAACACCGAAUAGCAUACCACCUGAAUGGUUUGAAAUCUAUAGUGUGGCACUUGCCCAUAUUGCUCAAGCAAUUGCAAGUAAAAGGCCACAAUUCAUUAUGAUGGCAGAUGACCUCUUCGAACAACUUCAGAAGUUCAAUAUAGGUUCUCAAUAUCCUUAUGAAAAUGAGAUGAACCUUGCAUUAGAACGGGCACUCUGCUCCUUACUGGUGGGAGAUAUCAGCAAUUGCAGAAUGUGGCUUGGAAUUGAUAAUGAGCCCUCGCCAUAUAGGGACCCCAAAAUUAUUGAGUUUGUGGUGAAUAACUCUAGCAUCAAUGAAGAGAAUGAUCUUCUUCCAGGGCUUUGCAAGCUUUUGGAGACUUGGCUUCUCUCCGAGGUUUUCCCAAGGAGCAGAGAUACUCGAGGGAUGCAGUUCAGACUGGGAGACUAUUAUGACGACCCAAAAGUUUUAAGCUACUUAGAAAGGAUGGAAGGUGGUGGGGCUUCUCAUUUGGCCGCAGCUGCUGCUAUAGCAAAACUUGGUGCUCAAGCUACUGCUGCGCUUGGUACGGUAAAAUCAAGUGCUCUUCAAGCUUUCAGCAAGGUUUUCCCAUUGAUAGAGCGGCUAGACAGAUCAGGCAAGGAUACCCCAAGUGAUGAUCUUGAGAAAUCUCUUGAAAAACUUGCCCAAGAAAGUGUUGCUGGAGACGCUAUCCAUGAUUCCAGAAAUGCCGCUUUGAAGAUUAUCUCUGCUGGUGCACUGUUUGCACUAUUUGCAGUAAUAGGUCUGAAAUGCUUGCCUCGUAAGAAGUCACUUCCUGCUCUUAGGAGCGAGUAUGCGACUGUGGCAGUUGCUGACUCCGUUGAUGGUCCAGCAGCAGAUGAAGAGCCACUAGACAUUCCUAGAAUGGAUGCAAAGUUGGCUGAAGAUAUUGUUCGCAAGUGGCAAAGUAUCAAGUCCAAGGCUUUGGGGCCAGAACACACUGUCACGGCAUUGCAGGAGAUCCUCGAUGGCAACAUGCUAAAGGUAUGGACGGACCGAGCGGCAGAGAUUGAGCGUCACGGUUGGUUCUGGGAAUACACACUCUCCGAUGUGACAAUCGACAGCAUCACCGUCUCCAUGGACGGUCAACGGGCAACCGUGGAGGCGACGAUCGAGGAGGUGGGCCAACUUACCGACGUAGCAGACCCUAAGAAUAACGACGCCUAUGACACGAAGUACACUGCUCGGUACGAGAUGACCUACUCGAAGUCCGGAGGGUGGAGGAUCACCGAAGGAGCAGUCCUCAAGUCGUAG